AUUACACUCAUUUGAGACCCUGAACAACCUCCAAUAAUUUUUCCAAUGCCGUCAAAUUUCAGUCAUAGGGACGCCGCGCCGAAACCCGAAUCCAAAUUCUCCAAACAAACAGCCCAAAUCCAGAACUUCUUCUCAAUUCCCGCGCCAAUAAAAACACUUUUCGAUUUCGUUCCAGUUCUAGUAUAUCCUCCAAACGAGCUUCCGCAGCGUGCGCCAAAGCCUUCGAGGAUACCAACUUUAUAUGUGUUUAGUAGAGAAGAAGAUAUAGCGGCAGGACGCCCAAGUUUCAAUCCUGGGUGUCUGAAAUGGCAGGUCAGUAGUGGAGAUGGAACUAAGGGUUAUUUGAAUUGUUGACUGACUUCUAGAGUAGGCAUUUCUGAACAUUGCCGGUGUAAAGCACAGGUUAGCAGCUUCGAGUAACCAUGCUUCUCCUUCAGGUCAAUUGCCCUUCUUAUUACCUGCCGCGGAUACGUCGAAUACGAACUUAUUGCCGGUACGGUCAAAUCAAUUGGUGAAAUAUGCGGAGGACCAUGGGGGAUAUGUGGAGGAAUCUACGAGUAUGCGCUAUGAAGCAUAUCGAUCCCUUCUCGACCACCGCAUACGAAAUGCCUGGGUAUGUUUUACGAAUUCACAGUUUACAUGUUUCUUUCUAACAUUAUAUAGCUAUAUACCCUCUACCUCGAGCCCUCAAACUUCUCCGCAGUCGCAUAUCCCUUAUACGUAGCCUCGGCGUCCUCCAACCCUUUAGUACGCGCCUCCCUAUCACACCAACUCCGCUCAGCGGCCGAAGCUGAGCUUCUCAAAAACUCUUCCAUAAUCGAUAUAGACGAUUUAUACAGUGAGGCGGAUAAAGCCUUCGAGGCCCUCUCAAUAUUACUAGGCGAUGACCAAUGGUUUUUUGGCUGCGACAAACCUACGUUAUUUGAUGCGAGUAUAUUUGCAUACACACACUUACUGCUGGAUGAGAAGAUGGGAUGGAAGGAGCAGAAGCUGUGUAGGACUUUGAAGAGGAGGGAGAACCUUGUAAAACAUCGGAAGAGACUUGUUGUAGCUUAUUUUGGGGGUUGAACACAGUACACCUGGUCAAUCAUUUGAUUAUGGUGCUAAUCACCACUCUAGGCUAUGAAUCUUGAGAGAUGCCUGGGCUUUGAUCGCCACUUUAGACAUGGGA